AUGUCUGGCAAGCUCGACCAAUCUCUUGACGACAUCACCCAGGCCCAGCGCCGUGGUGCUCGCCGUCGCUCCAACCCGCGCCGUUCUGCUGGACGCCCAGCCGCGGCUGCUCCUAUCGGUGGUAUCCAGAAGAACACCAAGCCCGCACGCGGUUCUGGCGCAAAGCCCGUCCCGGCCAAGGCCGCUCCCAACAAGGACAGCAAGAUCAUAGUGAGCAAUCUGCCUAAGGACGUCUCGGAGCAGCAGAUUAAGGUAUGUUUCCGCUGUGCCUCUUAA